CUAUGUCAUUGUUCUCUCUGUGACUGGACUCUCGAAGAGAUCCGUUCGAAGUGGCUUUCAGGUAGACAACAGCAGAGAACAGGAUUAUUGGAAAUGGGAUGUUGUUGAAUGUUUUCUUGGCUUUUAUAGCUCAGGUAAAAUCUUAUCCAGGAUCUUACUGAAGUAAGAUUAGCCUACAUACAUUUGAAUCGAGUUUUGAUAUUUAGAUAGACGUUUGAUUGCUCUGAUCUAGCUGUUUCAGUUGUAGACUUGAGACUGGAAUUGCCUGCGUUAAUGCCAUAAUAGUUAUCUGAACGCUGUGACAAACAACGUAACUAUAGCGUACACAUUUCUUGAAGAAACGUUGAAGAAAGAAUAGCGUCCACAAUGUAUCGGGACAGAGCUAGUCCGUCCCCCUCCACCCUGCCGGAGUCCCUGGGUCACAACUCUCCUGGUAGCUCCUUACUGCUGGGUCUGAAGAGGGUUUCUGUGAGGCUGGUCGACUGCAGGAAAACAGCAGGGCAGAGUGGAACUGUGAGAGAAGGACAUGAGGAGGGUGAUUUGAUUUCAUCAAGUGACACCCCUAACCGUCGUUCUCUCAGUGGGAGGAGCUUAUCAUCUGGGGAGCCUCAACAACAUGUUACUGACGUGACAGAGAAGAGUCUCUCCAGAUCAGAACACCUCAAGAAACACCAGCAGAGAUGUAGAGGGAAGAAACCUCACCACUACUGCUUUGACUGUGGAAAGAGUUUCACUAGCAGGAGUGGCUUCAUUAUGCACCAGCGGAUUCACACCCGAGAGAAACCGUACUGCUGCUCUCAGUGUGGGAAGAGUUUCACCUGUGCAGGAGGUCUUAAAGUACACCAAAGAAUCCAUACUGGAGAGAAGCCUUACAGCUGCCCAGAAUGUGGGAAGUGUUUUACUGCUUCUAACGCCUUCAAAUAUCAUCUGCGAAUUCAUACAGGGGAGCGGCCUUACCCCUGCCUUGAUUGUGGAAAGAGCUUCAACCAGUCAUGCAACCUGACGACACACAAGCUAACACACACUGGAGUGAAGCCUUAUAGCUGUGAUCAGUGUGGGAAGAGCUUCAAUCAGGCAGUCCACCUGACGACACACAAGCUAACACACACUGGAGUGAAGCCUUACAGCUGUGAUCAGUGUGGAAAGCGCUUUGCUGUAGCUUCCACCCUGAAUAGACACCAGGUAACACACACAGGAGUUAAGCCUUAUAGCUGUGAUCACUGUGGGAAGAGCUUCUCUGUAGUUUCCUCCCUGAUUAGACACCAGGCAACACACACUGGAGAGAGAACUUUUGUCUGUCUAUGUGGUAAGAGCUUUGCUCUAGCUUCCACCCUAACUACACAUCAGCGAACACACACUGGAGAGAAACCUUAUAGCUGUGAUCAGUGUGGAAAGAGCUUUGCUGUAUCAGAAAAACUAACUAUACACCAGCGAACACACACAGGAGAAAAGCCUUAUAGCUGUGAUCAGUGUGGGAAGAGCUUCAGUCAAUCAGUACACCUGAAUACACACCAGCGAACACACACAGGAGAGAAUCCUUAUAGCUGUGAUCAGUGUGGGAAGAGCUUCAGUCAAUCAGUACACCUGAAUUCACACCAGCGAACACACACAGGAGAGAAACCUUACAGCUGUGAGCAUUGUGGAAAGAGUUUCAGUCAAUCAGGGAGCCUAAAUUCACACCAGCGAACACACACUGGAGAGAAACCCUAUGUCUGUUUUUGUGGGAAGAGCUUUGCUCAUUUAGGGCCAAUGAAAAAACACCAGAAAGCAAAAAUGUGCCGUAUUUCAUCUUCCGAUCCGACACCGGUUCCAGAUCCCUAAAUAAAGGAUCAAUAGAAAACAUA